CUAAACAUGAAUUCUGCUCCAACCUUCAUUAACUUUCCUGCUAAAGGGAAGCCCAAACGAGGUGACACAUAUGAACUUCAGGUGCGUGGCUUUGCAGCUGAACAGCUUGCUCGUUGGGUGGCUGACAGAACUGAUGUCAAUAUUCGUGUGAUAAGGCCGCCAAACUAUGCUGGACCGUUGAUGUUAGGACUGCUGCUGGCUGUCAUCGGAGGCCUGGUAUAUUUACGUGGAAGCAACCUGGAUUUUCUUUAUAACAAAACUGGCUGGGCGUUUGCUGCUUUGUGUUUUGUGUUAGCAAUGACAUCGGGCCAGAUGUGGAACCACAUCAGAGGUCCACCCUAUGCUCAUAAGAAUCCCCAUACAGGACAAGUGAACUAUAUCCAUGGAAGCAGCCAAGCCCAAUUUGUGGCAGAAACACACAUUGUUCUUCUGUUCAAUGGUGGUGUUACUUUAGGAAUGGUACUCCUCCACGAAGCUGCUACUUCUGACAUGGAUGUGGGGAAAAGAAAAAUUAUGUGUAUUGCUGGUAUUGGCUUGGUGGUGGUGUUCUUCAGCUGGUUGCUGUCUGUCUUCAAAUCUAAAUACCAUGGCUACCCAUACAGUUUCCUAAUGAGUUAAAGGAUUCCAGAAUCGGUAACAUCACAAAGGUGGCGACUCUGAAAUUGCGUGUAAUGGAAUGGAAGAGCUAGAUAUGUAUGGUUCGUGCUACCUCUCUUUACACUGAAUGAGAUAGUUAAACACUGAACCAAAGAGGACAUGUAGUGCCUUAAAUAUAACAAGCAAUUUACUCUGAAGGACACAGAGUAUUAAGAUGCAAUCUCUUUUUUCAUAAGCUUUACAUCUUCUUAAACAAUUCUACUUCUAGUGAAAUUCAGAACUUAAUGCUUAGAAAAACAUUUCUGUAGACUAACUAGAAACAGUACUUUAAAUUCAAUUUCAUAAUCUGUUUUCCAUAUGUUUCUUUUUCC